AUGAACAGCAUGGCGCCUUUGUCGCGUCAAACAUCACAGGACUCGGUGCGCUCACACUCCUCGGGCCAUCACCUCUCAGCAGGCGCGGCACCGUCGACACGCAAAGGCCGCUUUGCAGACCUCGACACAACACAGGGCGAGACGGACCGGGCCAGUCUGUCCAUGCCGCCGUCCAUCCACAAUCCAAAAUUUCGCUACCAAGAUCUGAGCCGGCGAUCGUCGAGGAUGUCGGAGAGUGUACAUCACCAAGCUCCUGCUAGCAGCAGCCACCACGAAAACACUACAGCUGCUAGUGCUUCUGCUAUGGCGGAGCCGGAAGAAGUCGCGGCCAAGCUGGAGGCUGUGAGGAAUCGUGCGACCUCUGACAUUCCCAGCGCAGUCAGAAGAUCCGAACCAGACCUCGACUCCAACAGAAUGUCCUUCUCCUCACUGUAUGGCAGCGGCAGGAGCGCGUUGGCAAGCGGGCCAAGCAGUGUUGGAGGCGGCUCUGACGAUGCAAAGCACGAUGGCACUACCACCGCCACCCAGAACCUCUCCGUGAUGACGCAGAGCCAGAAUGGGGCACUGUCUCCCUCACUGACAGGCUUGCUCGAAGCGCCGAAAGCACAGCACUCUACCUCGAUGCCCCCGCCGAAUACCGUUUCCCCUCCUUCGCCGGCACCGACAUCCUCGCGACAAGGGAGAACAAUUCGCGGUCGUACGCCUGGCAACUCUAGGCGCGUGUCGACGAGCAACCCGAACAGUGUAUCGCACUCAACCGAGCGAUCACAUAUGAGCAAUCCCAACAAGAUUGGGACAAUCGGUAUUUGCGCACUGGACGCAAAAGCAAGGAGCAAGCCUUCUCGCAACAUUCUGAACAGGCUUGUUGGGAAAGACAACGAGUUCGAUGUCAUCAUCUUCGGCGACAAGGUCAUUCUGGACGAGAACGUGGAGAAUUGGCCCGUCUGCGAUUUCCUGAUUUGCUUCUUCAGCGAUGGGUUUCCCCUACAUAAAGCAAUUGCAUAUGUCAAGCUGCGCCGUCCGUUUUGCGUAAAUGAUGUACCUAUGCAGACAAUCCUGUGGGACAGACGCAUGUGCUUAAUGAUACUGGAUAAACUUGGUGUGCCCACACCGCCUAGACUCGAAGUCAAUCGGGACGGUGGUCCUGUAGCAGAUACAGCUGAAAUUGCUGCUCGUGUCAAGCAAAUGACCGGUGUUGAGUUGGUCGGAUCAGCCGACGGCCGAGGCGGCGGUAUGCCAAAGCCUGAGGAUGUGCACAUGGAGGAUGAGAAUGACACUCUGGUCGUGGAUGGCAAGAAGCUUCGCAAGCCCUUUGUCGAGAAGCCCACGAGCGGAGAGGACCACAACAUUAACAUUUACUAUCCCAAGUCGCAGGGUGGCGGAGGACGACGUCUGUUCAGAAAGGUGAACAACAAGUCCAGCGAGAAGGACGACAAUCUGGUGAUACCCAAAGCUGUCUCCGAACCCCACGAGUCAUACAUCUAUGAGCAGUUCUUAAAGGUCGAAAAUGCGGAAGACGUCAAGGCUUAUACUGUUGGUCCUGACUUCUGCCACGCGGAGACUCGAAAGUCACCAGUCGUGGAUGGCUUGGUUAAGCGCAACCCAAACGGAAAGGAAAUCCGAUAUGUUACAACGUUAACCAAGGAGGAACAAGUGAUGGCGGCUAAGAUUGCAACUGGAUUUGGGCAACGUGUAUGUGGCUUUGACUUGCUGCGUGUGCAGGACGCCGAUUGCUCGCUUCAAAGCUACGUUAUCGAUGUCAACGGCUGGAGCUUCGUCAAGGACAAUAACGAGUACUACGACCAGUGUGCUAAGAUUUUGAAGGCCAUGUUCCAGCGAGAGCGCAUUCGCUGGGAAGGUACGGCAACGCCAAGCGAAAGCGAUGAUAUGGAGAAACGAGGCAUGUUUCCUCCACCCUCACUUUCAGACAAAGACGGCCUAUCGGUCAGAAAGCCGACCACGAGCAAGGACAAGGAGCUGCCUGGUGCACAUCGCAAUGCUCUUAAGAGCGUGUUGCGAAGCAGAAGCAUUUCUCAGCUUCGCGACAGUGUGCAUCAAGCGGCGCACAAAGUGGGUCAUCCUCAUUCUAUACAAAGCCCAAGUGGCACGACCAGCCCGCUGUCAUCACCGGCGGCUCAAAGAGACCUUGAGCCCCAACCUUCGUUCCAAGGCUGCCCUCACACGAUACCUCGUUCAGUCAACGAAGAUCAUGUCCUGCCGCCACCUGCCGUGCCACCGCAGCCAGAGGACGGUACUUCUGAAGAUCAUGAGCGUCCACAGUCUACAGAUCUUGACUCACUAGCCCAUUCGGAGCCGCCUGCUCCGUUCCCGUUGCCGGCACCGAAGAGCCAGUGGAAGCUGAAGGGCAUGGUCGCUGUCAUUCGCCAUGCCGAUCGUACACCGAAGCAAAAGUUCAAGUUCACUUUUCACACCAAGCCUUUCGUAGACCUGUUGAAAGGGCACAAGGAAGAAGUGUUGUUGGUGGGUGAAGCAGCACUGAACAGUGUUCAGGUCGCAGUCCGACAGGCUAUGGCUGAGGGCGUUGAAGAUAUGAACAAGCUCCGUACCCUACAGAAUGCUUUGGCAAAGAAGGGUGCAUGGGCUGGUACGAAGGUGCAAAUCAAGCCAAUGUUCAAGAAGCCGAAGGGUGAAGACAAGGACGAUGAGAAGAAGGAUAAGGGCAAAGACAAGGAGUCUGGAGAGGACAAGAAGCAAAAGAAGGAGAAGCGAGACAGUAUUCCAAUGGUUGACGACCCAGAAGAGCUUGAAAAAUGGCAGAAGCAGGUUUCAGGAGACGAAGGCUCCAAGCCCAUGGAGUUCCCCCAGGACGAUCAUGCGGGUCCAGAUGGCGCAAGAGCUCAGCAUCGUAGCGAUUCGCUUGGUGAGGUGACGAUGUCCCGAGCGACUGCCACUGAGCAGAACCUCGUGCUCGAUAAGCUUCAACUUGUCAUGAAGUGGGGUGGUGAGCCAACUCAUUCUGCCAGGUACCAAGCGACGGAUCUCGGUGAGAACAUGCGCAACGACUUGCUGCUCAUGAAUCGACAAGUCCUCGAGGACGUCUCGAUCUACACUUCUUCCGAGCGACGUGUGACUACCAGUGCGCAGAUCUUCGCAGCUGCAUUCUUGGAGCAAAAGGACAUCGAUAACGACCAGAUACUGGUCAGGAAAGACUUGCUUGACGACUCGAAUGCUGCCAAAGACGAGAUGGAUAAGGUCAAGAAGAAGCUCAAAGGUUUGCUGCGUCAAGGCCACCAAGCACCCAGCCAGUUCGCAUGGCCGAAGGAUGGGACGCCAGAACCCUAUCAAGUGGCGCGCAGGGUGGUGGAGCUGAUGAAGUUUCACCGAAGAGUGAUGCGGAACAACUUCUCGAAGCUGCAGAGCUCGGAAGCAGUAAACUCGUUGGAGAAGAUAUCAAAGAGCCCGGCAGUGAACACUGGCAAUGAUGCUUCGACCCCUGUCGGUGGUCCUAGCGGUAACUCGACCGACGAGAAGGCUGCUGCGAUUCAGCCCAGAUGGUGCACUGGAGAAGAUGCCGAGCUGUUCAAAGAACGGUGGGAGAAGCUGUUCAACGAGUUUGUGGAUGCCGAGAAGGUUGAUCCUAGCAAGAUCAGCGAGCUCUACGACACCAUGAAGUUCGAUGCGCUGCAUAACCGACAGUUCCUGGAGUGGGUCUUCACGCCAAGCACGGCGAUACUGGCUGAAGAAGAUGAGCUCGAGGUGGGAUCGAGACUGAAGCGAACCGAGAGCACAGAAGCUCGCGAGGAAUUCAGACAUACCCAUGAAGGGCAAGUGCCAACACAUGAAGACACGCCGACAGCAUCAGAUGCGCCAGCAAAGGCCACAUCGAACAGCGACAUGGAAAGCCUGCAACUACCACCACCCAAGCGAACUGAUACGAUGGCAAGCCAGGAGACCGCAAACACGAAAGAGGGCAAGGAGAAACAGACUUUGACACAGAGACUUGGCCUCAGACGUAAAUCGGCUGACCUCAUGACCGCUGUCAAUCGGACUCUGGCUCCUCAGGACGACCCAUCAGUAUCCUACUUCAACCUCUACAAGGGCAUGGUCCCAGCCAACCAAUCGAAGGUCAAGUGCGAUGAGCGCCUGGAGAAACUCAACGAACUCUACAAUCUCUGCAAAAUCCUGUUUGAUUUCAUCGGACCCCAAGAGUACGGCAUCACAGACUCCGAAAAGCUCGAGAUCGGCCUAUUGACAUCCCUACCACUUCUCAAAGAGAUCGUAAAAGACCUCGAAGAAGUCCAGGCGAGCGAUGACGCUAAGAGCUUCAUCUACUUCACUAAAGAGAGUCACAUCUACACCCUUCUAAACUGUAUCCUCGAAGGCGGGGUCCAGACCAAGAUUGCCCGCAACGCAAUUCCAGAACUGGACUACCUCUCACAGAUCUGCUUCGAACUAUACGAAUCCGAGAACUCACCACACGACAUCGACCCCGAGAACCCAGACUCGAACUUCAACUACUCCAUCCGCAUCACCAUCUCACCGGGAUGCCAUACGUUCGACCCUCUCGACGUGCAGCUUGAUAGCAAACACUGUAUCGGCUGUGCACCGCGGCGAUCACUGACCACGCACGGAGAGUGGAAGGAAGUGCUCGAGACUUUGCGGGCGAAGUUCCAUACUGUUAAGUUGCCGAGGAGCUUUACAGCUGUCAAUCUGAGCGAGAAGCAUCCGCAAGAGUUUGUGGCGGAUCCGCAGGAGGGUGCCAUGGCGGAGCCAGAGCUGGGAGAGGCUAUUGAGAGGGUGAGGAUCGAGGCGAAAGGUAAUGCGCCGAUUGCACCUGCGCACUGA